AUGUCAGAACUCGGCUCCUCAGCAGCAGCAACGCCUCUCCCCGAACCCCCUCCAAAACGUCGCAAAGUCGUCGCCGCACAUAGCACAUCCGCGACACCACGAUCAAGCUCACCAGAUGAGCUCAACGACACCACAGUCACCACCACCUCCGCCACAGCAGCAGUAGCAGCAGCAGCAGCAGCAGCAGCAGCCGCGAAGAAAACCACCGCGACGACGACAACGAGAACGAAGAAGCAGCGGUCCAGCACGUCACGUCGCCUGUCCACCAACCGCGGCCGCCCCAGCAUGACACCUAGCAGGUCUCCUAGCGAGGACGAGCUCAACGAGGCGGCAUACUACUCUCGCUCCUCACACUCCAAAUCCCGAUCGCGUUCGCACUCGAGGUCGCGGUCGCGAUCGCGCACACCGAGAUCGGCGACCGCCUCGCCCUCGCGCUCACGCAGCGAUGACGACGACGAAGACGACUCCCGCGCAGGAUCACGAUCGCCCGCGUCCACAUCGGGCGGGGGGAGUUCACCGCGCAGUCUCUCAGGCGCCGUCGACCGCAGGCUACGGCUCUCCUCAACCAACGGUGGCGCAGAUACCGGCGCGACAGUAACGACACCCGUAACACCCGGACCCGUGAAGAGGGGCCCCGUGAGGCCGCGGUACGAGGAGAAAAGGGUGCUGAGCGGACACGCGGGGAGCCCCGUCUCGCAGGUACGGAUAUCGCCCGACGGCCGUUGGAUCGCGAGCGCCUCGGCCGACGGCACCGUCAAGACGUGGGACGCGGCCACGGGGGAGCACAUGGACACGCUGGUGGGCCACAUGGCGGGCGUGAGCUGCGUGGCGUGGAGCCCCAACAGCGAGAGCCUGGCGACGGGGUCCGACGACAAGUCGAUUCGUCUCUGGGACCGGGUGACGGGCCGGCCAAAGGUCACUGCCAAGGGCGUGGGCCACAUGGCCAAGGACGACGCGGCGCCUGCGGCUCAUCCCAUGCCGCCGCUGCGGGGGCAUCAUAAUUAUGUCAUGUGUCUUGCCUUCUCGCCAAGGGGAAAUAUCCUCGCUUCGGGAUCCUACGAUGAGGCUGUGUUUCUGUGGGAUGUGCGGGCGGGUCGUUUGAUGCGUAGUUUACCGGCGCAUAGCGACCCGGUCAGCGGCAUCGACUUUUCCUGCGACGGCACGUUGGUCGUGAGUUGCUCCACCGAUGGUCUCAUUCGCAUAUGGGACACUUACACAGGCCAAUGCCUCCGCACCCUAGUCCACGAAGACAACCCCGCCGUAACGUCCGUCUGCUUCGCGCCCAACGGUCGCUUCGUCCUCGCCUUCAACCUCGACAACAGCAUCCGCCUCUGGGACUACGUCGCCGGCUCCGUGAAGAAGACGUACCAGGGCCACGCCAACAACCGCUUCGCUAUCGGCGGCUGCUUCGGUCUCGUCCCCGGCGAAGGCGCCUUCAUCGCCUCGGCCAGCGAGGACGGCGAGAUUGUGCUAUGGGAUGUUGUUACGAAGGAGGUUGUCCAGCGGAUUCCCACGCACAAGAAGGAUUCUUCUUCGCACCGGGGGGGAGGAGGAGGCAAGGGUGCCAGCGUGUGUUUCUGGGUUGAAGUUCAUGGGGACGUCAUGGUUUCGGCGGGGCAGGACGGGCGGAUACGCAUCUUUAAGAGGGCGUUGAGCGAAGGGGAGGUUGGUGGUGCUGAGGCCGUUGCUGCUGCUGCCGCUGUUGCUGCUGAUGGUACUGAGACGAAUGGAGCGGAGAAAACGCUGACGAAUGGUCACACAAAUGGUGAGGAGGCCAGAGGAGAAGAAGUCGCGCAUAUCAAUGGCACGGAACCGCCAAUAAAGCAGGAAGAGGACGUGGAUAUGGCUGGUGUAUGA